CCAGUCACUGAGGUGGCGUCUCUUCACCCUUCUUAAUAGCAACGAUAAUUAUUGUAACAACUAUGAUGAUGAUGAUACAGUAUCUCGAUAAAUAGCACAGAAAACAGGAGUCACGUGGCACCGUUCAUUCCAUCCAAUUCAUUCUCUGGUGGGGAGUGAGUGAGUGAGUGAAGGGGCAUCAGUGGUGCCGGCGACGUCGACGAUGCGGUGAUGGUUGAUGGAGGGAGCCGAACGAUGGCACAGUUUGUUUAAGAGUGACGCUCUCUUCACAAUCCUAACCCCGAGUCAUCUCCCUCUCGAACGACACAAGACGACAACGGCACAGAGAGACACAACGGAGGUCUCUGUUGAGACUCUGAAGCGAGACGACAUUUAUAUCAAGACACCUUAGAGUCUCCGGACCUGGGACCCACACACGGGACAUCGUCGACCCAGCGACCCAGACUCAGCGAGACAUGGGGGGGCCUCGCAGAGCUGAGGCAGCACCGGCGAUCUGGGCCAACAUCUUCAUCGUUGUCGUCGUCACCGCUUCUCUCACACAGCGCUCCAUCUCAGCGGCGCGGCUGCCCAUGGUGGAGGUGCGAGCGCCCCUCUCGGGCUCCGCGCUGCUGCCCUGCCCUGUGCCCCCGCUGCCGCUGCCCUCCGCGGAGAAGAGGCUGCCCCCGCUGCCCCGCGUUAAGUGGACCCUGUUGAGCCGCGAGCGUGGUGGGGGGCCGCUGCCCGCGGCUGUGGCGGCGGCGGCGGGGAGUCGCGAGGCGGUGGCCCCCGGCUACGAGGGGCGCGCCUCCCUCCCCGCGUUCGCCACGGACCCCCGGAAUGGGUCCCUGGCUCUGGGGGACCUCCGGGACGGGGACCGAGGACUCUACCUCUGCGAGGUCAUGAUGGGCCUGGAGGACCUGAAGAGGGCCGUGAGGCUAUACGUGGAAGGCGUGGUGUUCCAUUACCGGGCCCCCCAGGGUCGCUACGCGCUCAACUUGCGGGGGGCUCGGGAGGCAUGUGAGCGAGCCGGUGGGGUUUUGGCGAGCCCCCUGCAGCUGUCAGCCGCCCUGCAUGACGGCCUCCACCAGUGCGACGCCGGGUGGCUCAACGAUGGCAGCGUUCGGUACCCGGUGUUGGUGCCGAGGCCUGGCUGCUACGGGGACCUGCGCGGGGGUCCCGGGGUGCGGUCCUACGGAGUGCGCAGCCCCUCGGAGACGUACGACGCCUACUGCUACACGGGGGACGACCAGGGCGAGGUCUACUACCUAGAGCGGGCCGGCACGCUUCCGUUCCCUGCGGCGGUGCUCGCCUGCGCCGCCGCCGGCGCUUCCCUGGCCACGGUGGGGCAGCUCUACUCGGCGUGGCACCACCACGACCUGGACCGCUGCGACGCCGGCUGGCUCGCUGACGGCAGCGUACGCUACCCCAUCACACGCCCACGUGACAACUGCGGUGGCGGGGAGCCCGGCAUUCGCACCCUGCACCGGCGCCCCGACCAGAGCGGCUUCCCCGAGCCGGAGACCCCCUACGGGGUCUACUGCUACCGGGAAAACAAGACCUCCACCUCGUCGCCACCCAUUCACUCGAACUUAGACCCCAGCUCCACUCAUGGCACCCAGGACCCGGUCUCCGUGACCUCCCUGGGAACCAGGGACUCACGGGGACUCCAAAGACCCCUUGAGGGGUCAGGUCCUCGCACGGGAGUCCCGGCCACAAUACUGGGGCCCGGAGGACGAGGAGGGGACUUCAAGGAAGCGAUAUUAGAGGUCAGCGAACCCGAGGACUCGGGACCAGUGGCUUCCGAGAGCCUGGUAGCUGAGCCAGAGAAGAAGUGGCACGUUACUAUGGAGGACCACGGUUUGCUCCAAUUUUCUCCCAUGGGAGGCUGGGACAGGCCCCAUGCAGAUGACGACCAUCUCGAAAUGGCAGUCACCACCACCACCACAACAACAACAUUGAGGCAGCUGCCCCAUCAUCAUCAGGAGCAGGCGGCCCGACCACCGGUGGAAUCGGAUCAAGCCAACCGAAGGAUAGCAGAGACGGCGCUGGGGGGGGACGUGGGGUCGGACGGCACCAGUGGAGACGGCUCCCCCGAGGGGUCGGCGACCGGAGCCAUCGUGUCAGAGACCCCCAUCCCUGCCGUCCCCAUGCGCCUGACGCCAUCUCCACCGUCCGACCCUAUCGGUCGCCUCCAGGCCCAAGAAGACCGAGAGGAGAUGACGGCAAUGACCGCAAUGACGACAUGGAAUGUGGCCCGAGUGGCUGCUGACGAGGCUGGCCCCGAUGGUCCAGCCAUGGCAACGCUGAGCCCGGCUCCACGGGAGAUCACAGAGGGCCCCAUGCUGAUCCUGCCGGAGUCAUCGUGGGUGAACCGGGUGACGGAGAGAGAGGGGGUCAUGGCGGGUGAGAGGGGGUCACCGUGGAGAGAGGGGGUCAUGGCGGGAGGGCCCGUGGUGGAAGGUGGGUUUAUCCUCACCGUGAUCAGUCCCCAUCUCUCUGUGACGGCCGGAACCACGGAGGCCGUCCAGACCCGGAUGGAGCCACCGGGGACCCAAUGGAGGCAGCCGACUGGGACCCGGCCUGCCCAGCUUGAGAAGGGGAGCUUAGCCCGGCCAUCGCAAAAACCCCCACUCGGUCAGCAGGGGGUCAACCCUGACAUGACGAACGUCAACCGUGGGCUGGACGUUAUUGUCCCUAGGCCUGAGGAGGCAGUGAUGAUUCGGUCUGAAGGGGCCACAUCGCUCAAUGUCUUUCCGACGCAGACAGAUAAUCUGUUGACGUCUCCCAUCACGAAAAACGAUGUUCCUCCUCCUUCUGUUGCUGAAGUCGUUGCUCAUGGAGGAGAGGACAGAUGGGACAAGGAGGUGCGUGAGAAGAUGGCAGUAGAGGUGAAAACAGACCCAGAGGAGGAGAAGGAGGUGAUCGGAGAGGUGGGAUUUUUUAAAGCAACGACCACCGAGGACAUGGAGGGAAGUGGGGAGGAGACCACAGUCAUCAUCGCCAUAGCAACGGAGGGGAUCCAGAGGGGGCCUGCAAUUGUGUCACCCUCCUACGCGGAGUCCCUCAGCCCCGCCAAGACGGCGAUGAUUGAGGGGUCAGGGUGGAUUCUGGGCAAGGUGGGUGAGUUGGCGGAUGAGGUGGUAGAGCAUGAGAAUGUGAUGAACGAGGAGGUGAACGGGGAGGUGGACCUGAAAGAUGAGGCAGUUGACAGAACCUCUCACCAUCCAGGCGAGGUCACAAGGGCAAUGGCCUCCCCUCUGACCCCACCUCGAGUCCCACCUUUAACUGCACCUGGGGCCACCCCGUCAACCAGAGUGGGCCUCCAAGGCCUCGAGGAGACCUCAACUCUGGGGGUAGGAGGAACCCUCCAUUUUCAUGAUGAUGGCACCGAUGAGAAGGAAGGAAGUGCAGAUUCCCUGGUAGGGAGGCUCCAGGGGGAAGAGGGUGCAGGGAUCUUUCUUCAGCUCCCCGACCUCCCCGUGCCCACCUCGCUGUCUCGUGCAGCUCCAGAGACCUCGCACCCAAAUGGUGAGGAAGAGAAGGAGCCCAGGGGCUUGGCCGAAGGUAGUGGCUUUUCGGUGGACUACGCCCUGAGAGAGGAUUUUGCCGAAAACGUGUCGUCCAUGCAAUUUUCCACUGCCAUAGCCACCACCACCACAGCGACUUCCACAGCGGCGCCGGCGGAGGGGCACUUGAGCCGACUCAGCGGCAUCUUCGGUGCCGAGGAGACGCUGCGCUUGCUACCAAGCUCGGCGCUGGCGGACGGAGCGGUGAAUACGGGUGAUCUCAUUGCUGCAGAGCGGAGCAGCAUUACCACGGAGCCAGGAGGAGAAACGGCAAGGUUUUCAGAAGAGUCUCCACCAGCCUACACAGCAGGUUUUAUGCAAGAUACGCCGCCAUACUCUCAACCAGAAUCCACAAAAGACUUUCCACAAGGCUACACACCAGCAGCCUCCUCACAAUACUCUCCACCAGGCUACACAACCGAUCCAACUCUAGACUCUCCACCAGAUUUCAUACCACACUUACUACCGGACUCCUCAAGAUAUUCUCCACCAGACUCCUCACCAGACUCUCUCGCAGACGCCUCAAGAGACACCUCACGAGGCCUUACAGCAGACUUUCGACCAGACUCUCGACCAGACUCUCGCCACCAUGAGCACAGGGAAUCCUUUGAGCCAGAGGUGCUGGAGCACAGGCAGGUGCAGUUUAGCCUCGGUGAUUUCACCACUGAGCACUUGGGUCCUGGAGCUUUGCGGAGGGCCAACAUCGACCUGAAGGGCGAAAAUCUUAACCUGGUGAAGAGCGGGGGGCGCUUGGAGGGCGGCAGCAGGGCUACGAUGGAGGCACCCACUCCUCCUCCCUCGCUUUCAUCGCUUGCAUCUUCCACAGAGUCCCCCACCGAUCCCCACAGAGCCGGCUUGGAGCCAGGGAGUGGGCACCUGGAGGAGGGGUUAGGGAUGACGGGGCCUGCACCGCACACCUCCUGGAAGCCUGGACACACCUACAUCUCAACAGGCACACCUGGACCCGAAUCUCCUGGAUUAGUGUCUCCUGAGGUUCAGCCCCCUGUAUCUGUGCCUCCUGAGUUCAAAUCUCCAGGGUCCACUUCUCCUGAGAUUCAGUCUUCUGUAUCCACAUCUCCUGGACUUGAGUCUCCAGGAUUCUCGUCUCCUAAGUUUCAGUCUUCAAAAGCCGUGCCUCUCGGAUCCGUGUCUCUGGAACCAACCGGAUCUGACACCAAGCAUGUGGGGGUGGUGACAGCCCCCUCUCUUGCGCGUCCCCCAGACGUGGCGGCGGUGUCCUGUGAGCCCGGCUGGCACGGCUUUGGGGGGCGGUGCUACCGCUACGUGGCAGAACGGCUACCCUGGGCGGAGGCAGAGGAGGCCUGCCGCUCUGUGGGAGGCCACCUGGCGAGCAUCGCCUCCCGCGACGAAAACAACUUCAUCCUUGCCCUCGGCUCCGACUACCAGUGGAUCGGACUCAACGACCGCUUCUCCGAGGGAGACUUCCACUGGAGCGAUGGCUCCCAGCUGAGCUUUGAGCACUGGCGGCCCCAGCAGCCCGACAGCUUCUUCUCGUCAGGCGAGGACUGCGUGGUGCUCAUCUGGCACGAGGAGGGCGAGUGGAACGAUGUCCCCUGCACCUACCACUUGCCCUUCUGCUGCGAGACGCAGCCAGGACGCCCGCUCACCUCCCGGAGACCGCUGCGGCUCCUCGUGGCAUCGCCUCCUCCUCCUCCUGCCGCAGGUGUAGUGUGGUGCGGCCACCCCCCCAUCGUGAGCAACGCCCGGUGCUUCGGCGCGCCGCACGGCCGCUACGCGGUGGGCGCAUCGGUGCGCUACCGGUGCCGGGCCGGCUUCCUACAGCGCCACGCCAACCCCACCUCGCGGUGCCGCCCCGACGGCAGCUGGGAGCGCCCGCGCAUCGCCUGCGUCCCACGGCCAGCGACACAACCGGAGCAGGAGAAGCGGCCCGUGUGGUUCAGCCUCUACAAGGACGCAUGGCUCCCGGCCCGCGCGUCGCGCUGGGUGCACCACCUCCAAGACCCCCACGACCUCCAUCACCCGCACCACCCACAAGACCCGCACACCGCUCGGUCGCUUCACAGCUGAGGGGUCGCUCGAGAGACCUUCACUGUGAGACACCGGGAGGGCCUGGGGCCUCGGUCCAGGCCUAUGGCCCCAGUCCUAGGGCCCUGGUCUGGUCCUAGAGUCCUAGUCGUCUGGUCUUUUUGUCAGUGGCAUCAAAUUCUUUCGGUGAAAAUGUUCCUUAAGUUCACACUGAUUCACUAUGGGGGAAAUGUGACCGAACAUAUUUGAUACAACUGACCCCUGGCCUGUGUGUGAUAGCGAGAGAGCAGUGAGGCGUCUGGAAGAUGAAAUGCUUUAACGCACCGAGACCCCAUGAUCACUGCACUGUGUGCGAUGCGUUAAACACUGUUGAACACAUUCUAUUUAAUAAUUAUUGAAAGAUGACUUUACAGUUAUAAUUAUGUGUGCAGCAGCAACCCUACUCCAGCGAUCUAUUAAAUUGUAUGGCAGUCAAGUCACCAUGUCAUCAGCCGUCAUCAAUCCACCGCUGGAUGAAGGCCUCCCCAACGUGUCCCCUCCUCUGUGCAGGAGCCGAUAUCAUCGCUCCAUCUCUGCGGCGGACGUACUCUCUCUCUCGGGUGCAAUUGCUUCCUUUAGUCCGGUCACAGUGAUGUAAUUACAGUGCAUCCUGAAAGUCAACCGGAAAGUAUUUUGUUCUAAUGGAUGAAAAACCUAAAGGCUCGCGUUUGACAGCUGGGUUCACGCAGCCUUUGAGAGCCGCCCAUUGCUUGGGCUUGCGAUCUUCCUGUAGAGCAGGUUGGGCAAUAAGUUACGGCAACGUUGGACGCAAGUGCAAGCCAAAGCCUUAGUUUUGCUCAAAGCAGAAGUCAACGAGUGUUUGACGAGACGCUCCCGACACAGCUCCCUGUCAACACAGCCACCUGCAUACUGCUGUCACCCGCUCUCACCCGCUGCUGUUAGCCGCUGCUGUCUGUAAACUGUGAUUGCUAGCGAUUGCACAGAGAUGUGUGUGCCUGUUGGAGACGUUGCUUGCUGUGGGAGACAACGCCGCAUUUACACCGAACGCCACUACCACCGGGGUUUAGGCAACUGUGAGAGUAUGGACUUGAAGGCACGAGGAUACAUUUCUGAACAUGCCUUGAGAGGGAGUCUCAUUCACGGAUUUGGGCAGCUCAAUAGCACGCCAUAGAUCUAGCACGGUGCAGAAUUUGGGCAGCCCAGUAGCACACCCUUAGUUCUUACAUGGUGCAAGGCUUUCGCGACCAAUGUUAUGAUUUAUAAUCGAUUCUUAGGGUCAGAUUGCCACAUGAGUAAAAUGCCAAUGUUUUGUGUUGCGUACCCUCGUCCACCCAGCGCAGCCAUAUAAAGCUAUCACGUUAACAAAUGCGCCAGUUGGCUAUUGGCUGUGCGUGCCUGGACGCGGAAGUGCGAUUUGAGCAAUCGCCUGAUGAUGCUGGUUGUAACUCCCAGCGAAAUGUGGAAGCUAAUUGUUAAGUGUGCGCGGACCGCUUUUUCAGCAUUACCGGUGUGCUGCAGAAAGAGUAACCUGGCGCAUUUGUUCAGGUGACAACUUCAUGUACUACACAGCAUUGCCAUUUUAUCCCAUGCGUUAAUCUGACUGAACGAGUCAAUGAUGAAUGCCUUAAGUUUUAUUAGACUGUCUGGAGCAGAACACAGUUACCUGCUGCCCUUCCAAGGCCAUUCAGGGGCGGCACCGCAGCAUCCACCAGCUGAGAACCAGCGCUGUCAGGUGGCUCACGACACCAGACAUUGAUUUAUAAACCUUGUGGCCAUUCCAAACAUCAGUUGCUUAUUUCUGCAAUGCGCCACGUGAAAGAAGAAUAUUAAAUAGGUUUUGGUUUUAAAAUAACUACCGUCUUUCUAAACAUAACUUACUUAAUUAUAUGACGACAAUAAUGCGUUUUAUAUAUCCAAGACAUUGUGAUAAGCGGGCCCUGCUACAUUGGCCAAUUGUUUUAUUCAAAAUAGUUUUUUGACAAGUGUGAGAAUUUGUUGACGAGUGUGAGAGGACAGAGAGAACCCGGACAAAAACCACCACGCAUAUGAAUGACACUCAAGAGGUCUUCACAGAUUAAUUGCAUCUCCAGAUAAUGUCCAAAUCCAAUCAACUGAACUCAACCGUAGACUCAACUCGUUUGCUGUACUGCCGCUGAUCCACCCCGCAGCCCCACGCCACAUUGUGGCCGUGGGCUGCUUUGUGAGCGAUGGCUACGCAGCACCUGUCGUGGUGGUGGCGGUCUCGCACCCAAGGGCCAACCAGGCUCAACCCGUACUUGGGCUUCUGAGAUCCGCCGAGAUGUAUGUGCUGUAUGUAUGUUGAACUUCUUUCACACCGUACGUAGCCAACCGUACUAAUCGGAGGUGUGGGGGAAAGGACAACACACUAAACACACAACUGUUUUAAACAAAUGAGUUUU